CAAGCUGAAUGACAGCAAUGACUCAUUUGAAGUUCCUCCUUCUCCUCCUGUGGGUUGGUGUCACAGAGAGCGCAGUCCUGGAUUUACACAAAAGAAUCUUCAAAGGUUAUGACUGUGAAAACACCAAGCAUCUGUACCAUGUGAAAAUAACUGCAGCCAAUAGAACGCAUAUUUCUCGAUGUGGAGGCUCUCUGAUCCACAGAGAGUGGGUUCUAACUGCAGCUCACUGUUGGAUAGAUCAACCUGGAUGGACUAUGUCUGCAUAUGUAGGAAUUCAUCCAGGUCCAGGAAGUAUGGUUACAAUUAGGGAUCACCAAAUCUUUCAGGACCAAAGCAGAAAACAUGACAUCAUGCUACUGAAGAUCUCACCGGCAUCGAUCAGGACUGACCUUGUUCAAUUACCUGAUUGUAAGAUUCCUCCGAAAAUAGGAAAUGAAAUUAAAAUUGCAGGCCUUGGUGGUUAUCUAGUAGAUCUACAGAACAUCGCACUCCCUGAUGAACCGCCUCAUCUCAAGUGUGCAAGGAUGCAUGUUGUUAACUGUGGACUUAAUCGCACUCCAUGUAAUUCACCAGCAUUAUGGCCAAAUGGAAACACGAUGUGUUACGAACAAGCUGGAGUGGACACAUGUCCGGGUGAUUCUGGUGGUGGAGUGAUGUUCAACAACAUGAUUUAUGGUGUUCAUGUUGGAAGUGGGAAAUGUGUCUGUAGCAGAUCAGCUGUUUCUCUGAAGGUCUGCUCUUACAUUGGUUGGAUAAACCACUACAUUACACCAAAUAAUGGAAAAUAAUUCAGUUGAAGUGAGAUUCAGAAAGAAAAUAAACAAUCAGCUCU